AUGGAAAGGUUCAAGUACGUUGAGCCUACUCCGAAGGACGAGGCUGAUGAGGAUGAGGACAAGCCGCAGAAGCGCGCAAAGCCAAAGGCAUCCCUGUUGGAAGAGGCGGAGGACAGCGAUGAUGAUGAUCAAGAUGCGGGAAAGAUGUCCAAGAAGAAGCGAAAGGUGCAAAACCGAAUGUCUGUUGCCGAGCUGAAGACCUUGGUCAAGCGUCCGGAUGUGGUUGAAGUUUGGGAUACAACAGCUUCUGAUCCACGCUUGCUAGUCUAUCUGAAGGCAUACCGAAAUACUGUGGCUGUGCCCCGACACUGGAGCAGCAAGCGCAAGUAUAUGGCCGGCAAGCGGGGCGUUGAGAAGCCUCCAUUCAAGUUGCCUGAUUUCAUCGAAUCAACUGGCAUUGCCAAGAUUCGCCAGGCCAAGAGAAUUGUUCUCUUGCAAGGCACUUCUGAGAUUUGCUCUCGAGUUUUUCUGGUCAUGCUAGGAGCGGCGGCGGCUCGUCCACGCCGAUGGGCGGUGUGGGCAGCUCGGGCACCGGAACUCCGCUUCUCGGCCGCACGGGAUUGGUACACCUGGUAUGGGGACGAGGACAUGGCACCAACUCCAGUGGGAGGAGCAGACACUCCUGGGCCUGUGACCAUGAACCUGAACCCCGAGCAGGUUGAGACUGAAGGUAUUCUCACGGCAGACAUCAUUCGCCAGCAGCUCAAGCAGCAUGAAGAGGCAGCGGCCAAGGCAAAACUGGCUGCUGGUCAGAAAGAGGUGGAGCAGAAGAAAACCGUGGCGAAGCCAGCCAAGAAGAGAAAGGACCAGCUUUCCGCGCAGCGGAAACGCGGAAACGAUGUCCGUCGUUCUUGA